UCAAGAGUGAGCUGAUAUCUGCAUUCAUACCAUUCUGUUCACAUCGUGACCUUCGUCCUCCUCAUCAUCAUCAUCACCAUCACCAUCAGCAGCCAUGGUCUCUCGUUCUCUCCUGCUGGUUCUGCUGGGUCUCGCCUGCCUUCAGUCCUUCACAACGGCCCAGAAUGUAAAUGGCCCAGGUCAGUGCUGUUUCAGUUUCCAGACACAUCCAAUCCCUGUAAGACUCAUUACAGCGUAUAAGGAAACAGAACGUCAGUGUCAAAAACCUGGAGUCAUCUUCACUCUAAAGAGCGGCCGUCAGGCGUGUGCAGACCCCAGCGUCGAGUGGGUACAGAAGCACAUGAAAACAAUUGGCCAGCGCUCGACCUAACCUCAAACAACUGAUUAAAUCCUCUCUCCAUUAAUAAGAUUAUUUUGUGUAUUCACUGGAUUGAAGGAAUAAAGCUUUUUAUUAUAAAUCAUAUUGAAUCCUUUGCUUAGUUUAUUCUACAAUUAUGUAUCUGCAGUAAAUAUGGGAUAAUGUAAACUAUGAGAUGUAGCCAUUGAUUUUUUUUUUUUGUUUGUUUUUUUAAACACUGUGCAUGUUAAAGGAUUAAAGAACAAUGGAAUAUUAAGGCUAAGUUUCGGGGGGGUUGUUAAUUUUUUAUUUAUUUAUUUUUAAAUUUUAUUUUAAUGUUCACUUUUCAAAGAAAACCAUGUUCAUGUUACAUCAUUGAGAGCAACAUUUAAGAAUAAAAAAAACAAACAUUUUCAGCA